CCAACAUGUCUGCGCCCAUGAAUGUCAACAUUUGGAACAUGUUAUUUUUGUAUUUUUAAGGAAAGAAGUUUAAAGACAAUCGGCAUGAUCAAGUUUAUAGAUGUCUACUGUUUGCAUUAUUGAAGAGAAGUGUUGUAAAAAAUAUCAAAACAUGAAAUAACCGGUCAACCAGUGGUCCAUCUGUUAGACUAUUGAAAAUCUUACGUAAUAACACAGCCGGAUACACAUAAACCAAAAAGUUUGGAGAUCUGAUGCAACAAAUAUGACCAUUUUGAUGAGAAAUUGUAUCUUGUUAAGUCAAAGAUUGACUUCUAAUAAUAUCAGACAUAGGUCAUCAGUUAUUGGCAGACAAGUUUUGAAAGUGAAAUGUGAUAAACCAAAAGUCUUCCAUAUUUUUAAAAGAUUUGCUAAUGUCAAAGCUACCAAUAAAAAGGCACCUGACAACAUAAAGAAAAAGACAUAUGAAAUAAGGAGAUUGUUUUCUCUUGCAAAACCAGAGAGAUGGAAGUUGUCAGGUGCUGUUGUUUUAUUGAUCGUAUCAAGUGGUGUUUCUAUGGCAGUUCCAUUCUGUAUUGGAAAAGUUAUAGAUAUCAUUUAUUCACCAUCUGAACGAGAAAAAAUGAAAGAGAAACUAACUACGUUCUGUCAAAUAAUGGUUGGUGUAUUUAUUGUUGGUGCCGUAGCAAACUUUGGAAGAGUUUAUUUAAUGUCAGUUUCAGGAAAUAGAAUUAUUAAUAGACUUCGACAAACACUUUUUUCAUCAAUAAUGCGCCAAGAAAUGGGCUUCUUUGACAAAACAAAGACUGGGGAAUUAGUAAAUAGAUUAUCUGCAGACACACUUCUUGUAGGCCAGUCUGUUACUCAAAACAUAUCAGAUGGACUGAGAGCUGUGGCACAAGCCACAGGUGGAGUGGGUAUGAUGAUGUACGUGUCCCCUAAGCUGACAGGUAUAGCUUUGUUGAUAGUUCCACCAGUAUCCAUUAUGGCUCGAUAUUAUGGAAGAUUUUUACGGGCUAUCACAAAAGAUGUGCAAGAUUCACUAGCAAACACUACACAGAUAGCAGAGGAAAAGAUUAGCAAUAUAAGAACAGUCAGAGCAUUUGGUCAUGAAACUACAGAAGAAGAUCGUUAUAAUACAGGGAUCAAACGUGUUCUUGACUUAACUUAUAAAGAGGCUCUUAUGAGGGCUGCGUUCUUUGGUUCAGUUGGUUUAGCAGGAAAUUGUGUAGUUCUCUCUGUAUUUUAUUAUGGAGGAACAAUGAUGACAGAAUCUCAAAUCUCAGUUGGUGAUCUCUCUGCAUUCUUGUUGUAUGCUGCCUACAUUGGUGUUUCUUUAGGAGGAAUGACAUCAUUUUACUCAGAGAUGAUGAAGGGACUAGGUGCUAGUACUAGAUUGUGGGAAUUAACAGACAGAACUUCUUCUAUACCAGUACAUGGUGGUCUUAUUCCAACUUCACCAGUAAUAGGUAAUAUACAAUUUACUGACGUCCGAUUUAUCUACCCUUCCAGAGAAGAUGUUGUGAUAUUUGAUAAAUUAUCAUUAUUAGUACCAUCAGGGUCCAUUACUGCUGUCGUUGGUCCAAGUGGUUCAGGGAAAUCAACGGUUGGAUCCUUACUACUGAGAUAUUAUGACCCUUCACAAGGUUCAGUAACAUUAGAUGGUGAAGAUAUAAAAAAGAUAGAUCCUACCUGGCUAAGGGGUCAGAUAGGAACUGUUAGUCAGGAGCCUGUAUUAUUUUCAUGUUCAGUAAGAGAUAACAUAGCCUAUGGCUCACUAGACCCUACCACAGUUACAGAUGAGGAGAUUUACGAGGCAGCAAAGAAAGCCAAUGCAUAUCAUUUUAUCAACUCAUUCCCAGAUAAAUUCAACACAAUGGUCGGAGAAAGAGGACAGACUUUGUCAGGGGGACAAAGACAAAGAGUUGCAAUAGCCAGAGCGAUCCUUAAGAAUCCAAAAAUUCUUAUUCUUGAUGAAGCAACCAGUGCCUUAGAUGCUGAGAGUGAAUAUUUAGUACAUGAAGCUUUAGAAAGACUGAUGGUUGGUCGUACAGUAAUAACAAUAGCUCAUCGUCUGUCCACUAUUAAGUCUGCUGACCAGAUAGCUGUUAUAAAUCACGGACAUGUAUCAGAAAUAGGAAGUUAUAGUCAGUUAAUGGACAUUCCAGACGGACUUUUCAGGAAACUUGUUGAGAGACAAACUAUAACUGUUGAUGUUAACGGGUCUUAAGUUAUUCAUUUAAAAAGUAGAUUACACAUGAACUUCCCCUUUUCAUUAUUUAUUAUUAAUGAAUCUAUAGAUUAGAUGACCAGUGUUAAAAGAUGUGCAUGUCUAUGGUCAAGGAUUGUAUAGAUUUUUGUGAGGUCUUCAUUUUUUAAAUAUUGAAAUUGUUGCUCAUGUAG